CUGAAAGCCAGAGUCAGAAAGCAAAAAGGGACUCUAAGACUUACAUUGAGCUAACAGGAAGACUGAAUUCACUCUCGAAUACUGCAACUGAAGCCAUUGGAAAAUGUGUAAAGGAUUAGCUGCCUUACCCCAAACCUGCCGGGAAAGGGCGAAGGAGAUCAAGUCGAAAUUGGGCGUUUUACUGCAGAAGCCGGAAAAUGGCAUUGAUCUCAUCAUCCCCUAUCCCGAGAAGACUGAGAAGAAGCCGGAGAAGCAGCAGAAGCCUACUCCGGAGGAGGCUGCUCAGUGGCGUGAGAGUCUGGACCGAGUCCUGAACAACAGCUAUGGUCUGGCGGCUUUCCGUAGCUUCCUGCAGUCCGAGUUCAGUGAUGAGAACAUUGAGUUCUGGGUGACCUGCGAGGACUUCAAGAAGACCAAGAACCCCGCUAAGAUGGCCGCCAAGGCCAAGAAGAUCUAUGAAGACUUCAUCCAGUCUGAGGGACCCAGAGAGGUGAACAUUGAUCACUUCACCAAGGAUGUUACCCUGAGGAACCUGGUUGAUCUCUCCCCUACAACCUUUGACCUGGCCCAGAAGAGGAUCUUCGCCCUGAUGGAGAAAGACUCCUUCGGUCGUUUCCUUCGGUCUGAGCAGUACCAGGAGCUCCUGGUUAACUAAGCCAGUGCACAGUCUGAGGAGCUGGGGUCGGGGAGGUUUUAAACAGCAGUUAGUACGCUCAAUGGUGUUUUAAGCCCCCAACGUCUCUUUCCAGGCAGCACUGCGACCGUUGACUUCAAGGCACCUAACCCUUAACCUUAACCCUAA